AUGUGUCCCUUUCACUCUUCACUCUCACACACAUUCGUUUCCGAAAUCCCAAACCAAAAGGAGUCACUGAAAACCGAACCCUAUCCAGAAAUUGAGAACCCAAACCCUAAGAGAUGGGGCAUACGAUAUUGUUUCUCAUCUUCGUUCUCGGUUUUCUUGGCCAUGAAGGUGUUCACGGAGUCCAGAUCCUCUCCAAGUCGAAGCUCGAGAAGUGCGAGAAGAAUUCCGACUCCGAUAAUCUCAACUGCACCAAGAAGAUUGUCUUGAACAUGGCGGUUCCCAGUGGCUCCAGUGGUGGAGAGGCCUCAAUAGUGGCGGAAGUAGUGGAGGCGGAGGAGAACUCAACUACUAACAAGAUGCAAACUCUGCGAAUACCACCAGUGCUAACAGUCAACAAAUCUGCUGCAUACGCCAUGUAUCAGCUAACAUAUAUUCGAGAUGUUUCUUAUAAACCUGAAGAGUUUUAUGUUAUGACACGCAAAUGUGAGCCAAAUGCUGAUGCAAAAGUUGUGAAGAUAUGUGAGAGUUUACGAGAUGAAAAGGGUCACAUUAUUGAGCAUACUCAGCCAAUAUGUUGUCCCUGUGGGCCCCAGAGGCGGAUGCCUUCAUCAUGUGGAAACUUUUUUGACAAGUUGAUGAAAGGAAAGGCCAACACUGCACAUUGUGUCCGAUUUCCAGGUGAUUGGUUCCAUGUGUUUGGUAUUGGACAGCGAUCAUUGGGAUUCAGUGUUCAUAUUCAGGUCAAGAUUGGAUCUAAAAUUUCGGAAGUGAUUGUGGGUCCUGAAAACAGAACAGUAACAUCCACUGAUGAUUUCCUAAGGGUUAAUCUUAUUGGUGAUUUUGUUGGAUAUACAAAUAUACCGACAUUUGAGGACUUCUACCUUGUAAUACCGAGGCAGGGUGAUGGUGAUCAACCACAUGAUUUGGGGAUGAAUUUUUCUAUGUGGAUGCUGCUUGAGAGAGUUAGGUUUACCUUAGAUGGCCUUGAAUGUAACAAAAUUGGUGUCAGUUAUGAAGCAUUCAAUGGGCAGCCAAGCUUUUGCGCUUCACCAUUUUGGAGUUGCUUGCAUAAUCAGUUGUGGAAUUUCCGUGAGGCUGACCUGAACCGAAUUAAGAGGAAUCAGUUGCCACUAUAUGGUGUUGAAGGAAGGUUUGAAAGGAUAAACCAACAUCCAAAUGCAGGGACACAUUCAUUUUCCAUAGGAGUCAUUGAAGUUCUCAAUACAAAUCUUCUAAUUGAGCUAAGUGCUGAUGACAUAGAAUAUGUUUACCAAAGGAGUCCUGGAAAAAUCUUAAGUGUCAGCAUACCAACAUUUGAAGCACUUACUCAAUUCGGAGUGGCUACAAUCACAACUAAGAAUACUGGUGAACUGGAAGCAUCAUAUAGUUUAACGUUUGAUUGCACAAGAGACGUCACAAUCAUGGAGGAACAAUUCUUUAUUAUGAAGCCGAAAGAAAUUACAAAUCGGUCAUUUAAACUCUACCCAACUACCGAUCAAGCUGCAAAAUAUGUAUGUUCAGCUAUAUUAAAGGAUUCUAAUUUUAAUGAAGUUGAUAGAGCUGAGUGCCAAUUUACUACCACAGCUACUGUUCUGGACAAUGGAUCACAGAGUACUCCUUUUCAACCACCUAAGAGUAUAAAUGGUUUCUUUGAGUCUAUUGAAAGCAUUUGGAACAAACUAUGGAAAAGUUUGGUAGACUUUAUCACAGGAAAAACUUGCAGAAGGAAAUGCUAUGGGUUUUUUGACUUCAGAUGCCACAUACAGUAUAUAUGUAUGAGUUGGAUGGUAAUGUUUGGUCUACUUUUGGCAAUUUUCCCAACUGUGCUUGUGCUUCUAUGGCUGUUGCAUCAAAAAGGACUCUUUGAUCCUCUUUAUGACUGGUGGGAAGAUCAUUUUGGGGCUGAUUACCAGAGUAGCAGGGGUAUUCGGAGGCAUGGCGUUGAUUUUGACCACCGCCCUCACAUUCAUGUUAAUAAACAUCAUGAACAACCAAGGCACCACCGCAAACAUGGUCCUCAAUAUAAGCGCAGAAGCAUUUACCAUGAAAGAAGGCAUAACCAUUCCAACAGAGACACUGAUUAUAAUCACUAUCUCCAUCAUGUUCAUAAGGACAAACACAAGCACGGUCACAGGAAGAAUUUAAGUACCACUCAGCGAUGGAAGCAGGGUAGAGAAGAUGAAUUUCACAAGCGCAAACGUGGGCUGCUGAAUGAAGCACAGUUUAAUCUUCAUGCUAAGCGGAGAGAAUAGUCGAAUUCCAAAUUGAUAUUUUGGUUGAGACCAGUGAUCCUGAUGGGCAUGGCGCCAAGCUGGAACCUUUAGUAUUGUCUUUAGUCACACAAAUGACUUGCCU